UGGCUACUUUUGAAGGGAGUGUUGCUUCAGGGAGUAACUUGACACUAACUUUUUUUUUUUGAUUGUUAGCCCUUAUAGCCUUCAAUUUAAAUGAAUUCCCUGUGUAAGAUCCACAACAACCAGUCAGACUUGCUCAUACUUGCCAACAAGUUUACCUUAAAGGAUUAGCAACAACUGAUUGAAAGGAGGAUUAUAAUGGUCGCAUGGUUAUUACUGGUCUCACUGGCCAUUUGCACACAAGAUGCAAAUGGCCAAGAAAAUGGAUCCUUUUCCUCAGGUGUCUUGCAUUGUGGACCUCAGAAUCUGACACUUACCAGCUCUGACCAGAUGAUCCUGUUAACAUGGGAAGACGACCCUUCGUGCUCUGCAGUACAUGACGUGCUGAUCUAUGAGCUGGAGGUUCUCAUAGCAGACAAGCAAGCACAUUAUGAGGAAGUUACUGUGACGCCUGACCAGAUAGGAUCUACUCACUCCUGGAACUGGACGUCCCAUUUGGCAUUGGAGUGCGCUUCCCAUUCAGUCAGGCUCAGUUCCCGAUACAAAAACCAUACAAGCCCAUGGAAACAAGAACAGAGUCUUCCUGGGAUAGAAAACCUAAAAGACCUAGAGGUUUUUCCACGGGACAAACUGUUUAAAGUUGGCAGCAAUGUCACCUUCUGCUGCGUUCUGCCGGUGGGGCAAUUAUUUUCCAAAAUGUAUCUGACUGGGUAUGAGGGUGGUUAUAUGAACACUACCCAGAUCAGCAAUCAGACAUAUGCCUUGACUGUCCACCUGAACCGGGCAUCAAAAGAGAGUUGCACUGAUGUAAAAUGUCAAGCACACAAAGCUGACAACGGGGCUUGUGCUUAUAUCGGAUACCCACCUGGUGAUGAGGCUCUUUGGUGUGAAACCCGAGAUCUGGAAUCAGUCGAAUGCCACUGGACAGUAGGAAGAAUGACACACCUAUCCAAGAGUCCAACAGUUUAUCGGCUACUUGGAAGUCAGUGUGCAAAUGAGUUUACGGGGAAAUGUUCUCAAAAAGUGCAAGUGGAUGUUGGUGAGAAAAACUGGACGUUAACAGCAGAAAAUCAGCUCGGGAAGGUGGAGCUCCAAGACAGUGCAGACCUGACUAAAAGAGUGCACAUGUUUGCUCCAACAGGAGUGACAGCUUCGACUGUGAAUGCCAGAAAUGUCAGCCUGAACUGGAAGUGGACGGUGCAACAGUACAAUAAUCUCAAUAUAACAUGCCAAGUAAACAUUAGCCAUGGUGAAACUAAUACCAUAAGUGAAAACUUUGGAGUUGGCCUUAAUUUUGCAGUUUUGAAUGACUUGAUACCAAAUUGGACAUAUAAUGUGAAAGUACGAUGUGGAACAACGCAACAUUUCUGGAAAUGGAGUGACUGGAGCCCAAGUGUCAACUUCCACACAAGGGGUGAUGUUCCAGAUGCUCUUGAUGUGUGGAUGCAGAUGAAGGAUAACCAAAUUAUAAUCAUUUGGAAAAUGCCACUGGCCAACCAGAGUCAUGGAAACAUCAUAGACUAUGAAGUGACCUGGGCAAGGACCACAGAGAGAGAACAACCAACUGUAAUCUCAUUGGGUCCCAACAACCACAGUCAUAUCCUCAGUCAAGACUGUAUAUCGUGUAUCGUCACAGUUACUGCUAGGAAUACAUACGGCAGCUCAUCCCCGUCAGCCAUCACCAUCCCCAGCCUCACUCCAGACAGAACCAGAGAGAACACUUCUUGGAUCAAUGGCAGCAAGGGUAGCUUUGACCUGUCCUGGUCUGCCAGUCCUGCAGCCAGCUGUGGCUACAUAGUGGACUGGCGUCCUACCUUAGAGCGUUGCAGUGUGGAGUGGCUGAAAGUUCCUCCCAGUGAAACUAAUGCCCGUAUAUUUUCAAAAAACUUCCGUGAGGGAGUGAGAUACUCAUUGUCCGUACACGCCUGCACCCAGGGAGCUCCAGUGCUACUAGAAAGACUAGAAGGCUAUGCCAGCGAGAAAAGAAUAGAGGACGGCCUGUUUAAAUCAUUAAAAUGGAAACAGCGGUUUUCAGAUGUUGAGGUAUCCUGGGACCCUAUAUCUCUAAGAGAACAGACUGCUUUGAUCCGAGGCUAUGUUCUAUAUUGUUUGGACGACAACGGAAAUAUAGUCAUCAAUGUCAGCAAAGACAAUCCUGAGGCCACCAGCCUGACAGCAAGAAACCUUCAGAUCAGUUCCUACACAUUCACAGUGAAGGCACAGACAGCCGUUGGAGAAUGUGGUACUGCAUCCAUUACUGCCACCUUGAAUUCAUUGACUGAUAACUUGAUCGAGGCAGUUAUCAUUUCCCUGGUCGUCGUUUUUUGUCUCCUUUCCUUCAUCACUAUGCUUUGCUACAGACACUGGACAUGUAUCAAACAGAAGGUCUAUCCUCCAAUCCCAAAACCAGUGUUGACGGACAAGUGGCUGACAUCACCGGGUGAACAUAGUUGUCGUCCUUUUCGCGUGGAUCAGUGUCACCACAGCGAGGUAGAUAUCAUGGAUGUUCCGGAGCUGCAUUGUAACACAGUGAAUGGUUAUGUCAGCCAGGAGAACAUGCCUUUUGUUUUUGCACAAACUCUAAAGGAUUACUACAACCAGCCCCUGAAAAAGUGCACCCCACCACCCCUCACUUUACCCACUACAGCCAUCCCAUCUCAGUCAGGGUUACCAACUUCUCCAUUCAGAAUUGUAUUUCCUAACCCGUCAUACAACUUGAUAAUGCAGACUGGGGAUCAGCAGUCCAACUCAGGUCCUAAGUUUCAGGAGGGAACACCUUUAGAGAGAAGCUCCGGUGGAUACCAGCCUCAGAGUAACACAGAAACCUUCACUAUAAACCGGACAGAACAGGAUCCAGAGAGUCCUAUGUCUUGUAUUUCCACUUACAUUUUGUUACCAUAGUCACCUUUCGAAUAGCUGCUGCAUGCACAGCCUAUAUGGUACAUUAUAGGUGGCAAAUAUCAUAAUGCUGCAACAAAACAGAAAUUUGUCAUGAAUUUCACUGAAACACAUUUUUAUUACGUAUACCAAUUUAUACAAUACAAUGUUAUUUUAAGCAUAUUUUUAGCCAUGCUAGCUCUAGGGAUGGCAGUGUCUGUCUGUCCACCACUUUGAUCUAGAUACUGAAAUAUCUUACCAACUACUGGGUGAAUUGCUAUGAAAUUUAUAACAGACUUUCAAGGCCCCUAGUGGAUACAUUUUAAUGACUUGGUGAGCCUCUGACUUCUCAUGUAGCGCCACCAGUAGUUACAUUUUUGUCUAGACAACUAUGGGAUAUAGAUAUAGAUAUACAUAGGUCCUCGCUUUAUUGGACUGCAUAUACUAUCGCUCUGCUUAUUUUUGGGUGUGUGUGUGUGGUCUAUAGUGUGGACAAGCUUUUGUCUCAGUGUGUUAGUGGGUUUCAAAAACCCAGGGAUGUGGUGUUCCUUCUGAGUGUUUCAGAUACUCCAGCCACGUAUGGAAUUACAAUGUUGCUUCGUUUGUACUUUUCUUCUCCGCCUGUUGUGGUGUUAUUUAUUGGUCUUACUGGAUCUUUCUAUUUUAACGAAGGCCCAGUUCUGGGGCCUUGUUGAGGUGUUUAUGCUCGUUCUGUUUCGAAUCUAAAGCAGGUUCAGUUGCCCCUUGACUUUGCUCCUCUGGAUGUAUAUACCAUCACCUGGAUAACUGAGAAUCUUCACAGGCAUACUGUCAGACUCGUUGUUUCAUGAAUGAUCACUGAUAAAGUAACAUACACUGCGAGUUAUAUUGUAUAAUAAAAACUUGACUGUAAUGGUUUGGCUGAGGUUUUGCCAAUGCAAUAUAUAUGUAUAAAUAAAUUACAGGAAUGCAUUUAACUUGUGAACCACUGUGUGUACCACAAAAUAAAAUGGGAAAAACUCUG